AACAAUAUUUUCUAAUAUUUCAUCUGGGUGAAGUCUUUAUCUAUUUUCUUAGCUAUACAGUGCUACAAUUUCUAGAGUUUGAAUUGACUCAGAUUACUUUUUGUUUCAUUGAACAAAAAUAUUCAUGCAUCCAGGGAGGAAGUAUGAUUCUGGUGCUUCGAAGCGUAGGAAGAAACAAAAGCUAGAAGAAGAUGCUCGGACCCAAAAGGGCGCUCUCGAUAAAUUUGUUGUGAAAGAACCUCAAAGCAAUUUUGAAAACCAAACUUCUGAUGCUAAUAUUGAUGAUGCACAUGGUGGUGAUCCAGUAGAGGUUGAGGCUCACAUUGCAGAAUCUGAUGAACAUGAUGAUACUAACACUGUAGUCGAAGGUGAUGAUUCUAUUCAUGUUGAUGAAGGUGAUGAUGCUAAUAUUGUUGCUGAAGGUAAUGUUGCUGAUAACAUUAAUAAUUCUGUUCAACCGGAUAUAUUUGAUCCAAGAACUUGGGAUGCACUUGAUCCUACAAUGAUUGAUAUUUUGGCGCAAAGUGGUCCUAAAAGAGACCCGUCUAUUGAGCAUGGUCGUACAGACAAAUUUGGUAGAAGGUUUUCUGCAUUAUCGUACACUAGAGUUCUCUCGAAUGGAGAAAAGUGUGAUAGAGAUAGACUCAAAGAGCAUGAAAAUGGCAGAGAACAUGUCACAAAUAUGAGUACUUGGUAUGACUUGCGAUUCAGGUUGGAGAAGAAUCAAACAAUUGAUAAAGUUGCUCAGCAAGAACUUGAAAAAGAAAGGGAGCAUUGGAGAAAAGUUUUGCUCAGGAUUCUUUUGAUUGUGAAAUUUCUUGCGGAACAUAAUAUAGCAUUUCGUGGCAGUAAUAGCAAGGUGUACCAAGAUAGCAAUGGGAAUUUCUUAGGAUUGGUUCAAAUGUUGGCUGAAUUUGACCCAGUUAUAAAAGAACAUGUUGACCGCAUCACAAAUGAUAAAAUCCGUGAUCAUUAUCUUGGUCCUUCCAUCCAGAAUGAACUAAUAAAUUUGCUCGCUGUUGCAAUCAGGUCUGAAAUCAUUAGAAAGGUAAAAGAAGCAAAGUACUUCUCUGUUUUACUUGACUGUACUCCCGAUGCAAGCCACCAAGAGCAGAUGUCUUUGAUAAUUAGGUAUGUUGAUGCAUCUUCUGGUUCUUUUUGCAUUGAGGAAUCAUUCUUAGGUUUUUUGGAUGUGAAUGAUACCACCGGGCAAGGAUUGUUUGAUGUUCUAAAAAAUGAAUUGAAAAGUCUUGACCUUGAUAUUGAUAAUCUGAGAGGGCAGGGAUAUGAUAAUGGGUCAAAUAUGAAAGGAAGACAUCAAGGGGUAAAAAGUAAAGUUUUGGAAAUAAACCGGAGAGCUUUUUAUUCGGCUUGUGGUUGCCAUAGUCUAAAUUUGACAUUAUGUGAUAUGGCAAAGUCUUGUCGUAAAGCAUCUGAUUUUUUUGGCAUUAUUCAACGCAUCUACACAACAUUUGCUAAUUCUACUAAAAGAUGGCAAAUUCUCAAAAAUAAUAUAACAGGAGUAACACUCAAGUCAUUGUCAGCUACUCGUUGGGAGAGUCGUGUUGAUAGUGUUAAGGCUAUAAGGAUUCAACUACCAGAAAUAAGGGAGGCUUUACUACAAGUGGCUGAAAAUGAUAAAGAUCCAUCGACAAGUAGUGAAGCUCAAUCAUUGGCAGAAAAUGAUCUUUGUGGCUUUGAAUUCUUAGUGUCAAUAAUCAUAUGGUAUGAAAUAUUAUCAGCUAUUAAUUUCAUCAGCAAAGAGUUGCAGUCAAAGGAUAUGCUUAUUGAUAUCGCAAUUGAGUCUGUAAAGGGCUUGAUUUCCUUCUUCACCAAGUACAGAGAAUCUGGCUUUUCAAAAGCAUUGGAAGAUGCAAAAAAAAUUGCAAUGGAGAUGGAUAUUGAUCCAGAGUUCCGCACCAAGCGUCAAAUCAAGAGGAAAAGGCAAUUUGGUGAGGGUGCAGAUGAUCCAUCUAUUGUUUCACAAUCGGCAGAGGAGUCAUUUAGGGUCAAUUAUUUUCUGCAUGUUGUUGAUCAAGCUAUAGUUUCACUUAACACGAGAUUUCAACAGUAUGAAGGGUAUGAAAAAAUAUUUGGUUUCUUGUUUACUUCAAAUAGGCUGCGAUCCUUGGAUGAUAAGAGUUUGUUGGCUGCUUGUGUUAAUCUUGAAGGUGCACUUAAGAGUGGAGAAAAUAAAGAUAUUGAUGGACUUGAGUUGUGUUGCGAGCUACUUUUUCUCCAAGACUCACUUCAGAAAUCUAUGGGCCCACUUGAUAUUCUGAAUUUUUUGAAGAAGCGCUCCUUAAUCUAUCCUAAUGCUGUUAUUGCAUACAGAAUUUUGUUAACCAUUCCUGUGACGGUUGCAUCCGCAGAAAGGAGCUUUUCUAAACUCAAGUUGUUGAAAUCCUACUUGCGUUCUACUAUGUCACAAGAAAGACUCAAUGGAUUGGCAACUAUAGGACUUGAAAAUGAUAUCUUGGAGAAGAUUAAUUAUGAAGAUUUGAUCGAAGAUUUCAUUUCAAGAAAUACUAGAAGAAUGUUGCUUUUUGGUAGAAAAUGA